AUGUCGGGGUUUGGGGGCCAGGAAGGAGCGGAACGGCGGAUUCUAGAGGAGUUAGUUAGGAAGGCGGGUCCGGAAAACCUAAUUGGGCUGCGACUUUACGGAACGCUUACUCUUGAUGGAAGCAGGCUGUACGAAGUCCGGAGUUACGAUCAGGAGUCGCAAAGGUUUCAAGUUAGAGACGUUCUUUCGGGGCGUGAGCCGACUGCAACGGGCUUUCUUCUCACGGAGUUUGAGAUCGGGCUUGCAACGAGGAAUCCAGAUGACCCAAUCCUGCAGCUGCUGGAGAACCACGGUUUACCGACGACGAGAUUCAUCACCGGACAGAGAGCGCGCGGGAAGUUCGCGUCCUCGGGAGCGCGCGCCGAGUCCCCGGGGAAGCCGUCGCAGGGAGAGGCGAGCGCGCAGUCCCUCCUACUCUUCCUCCUCGUCGGACUCCCCGGUAGGGACCCGGAACAGGCGCCGCAGACCGGGCGCGAAGUAAGCGGAAGAAGACGCCCCGCAGGCAUUACGACACGUCUAGCGAUUCAGCCAGUUCGGACGCCUGGGAGAAGUCGAUCAUUGUCCCGACGCGCGCUGGUGGCCCACGUGGAAGACCUGAUGCGGGACAGAAGAGCGAGCGGAAUCCAAGCGGAACUGCGAAGGUUCCAAGCGGCGAUCCCGCCGGAGAAGAGGGACCUCAACGCGCAGUUCGACAUGGCGGCAACGAUUCAGUCGGCCCCAAGCACGUGGGGUCCGAGUCUCGCGCUGGCCAUCUGCCUCGGAACGGUGCUCAAAGCCAUCAACAUGAGCCUGACGUUCCUGGCAGACGCGAUUUUCACCUUCGCGCGCCAAAAGUGCGAGGAUGCGGGCCGAGACCUGACAGAGAAGAAGCAAGCCCGGAUCGACUCGGAGAUCUGGGAGUUCUAUCGCAAGCAGCGGGGAGAAGGCCCGAGAAGAUGA